AAGGGAGGGAAGAAAUACUUUCACGCUGAAAGACCCAAUUUCAUUUUAACUUAAUACAGCCGAAAAAAAUAACGUGAUUUUAUCUCGUAAUCUGCGAGUGACGAAUGAGCAUUAAAAGGGAUCGUUGCAAACGAGAAGAAAUCGAGAAAUGUCUUUGCCUCCUCCUCCUCCUUCCCAUCAAACAGGAAGUUCGUUUAAAACAAAAUAGGCGAAUAUCCGGGGCCUCUGGGUGUGUUGUCCGAGGGGAAGAGGAGGCUGGGAGAAGGCAAAAGAGAUCAACACCGAGCGCGCACAUUCUUCCUUUCCUCCCUUCUUUCUUUCUUUCUUUCUUUCCCAUCGAUUCGCGCGGCCGCGAGCUGCCACACGGGUCCGUUAUCGAGCCCUUUCUACUCGUGAAACCAGAACGGAGGACACGCUGAUCCAGCGUUGCCGAGGGAGAGAAAAACGCCGAGGGUGGUACGUGUUUUCCCUGGAACGAGAGCCCCCGUCUCUCACGAGAGCGUCGGAGACACGCGGGGCGUUUCCGCGGGCUUCCUCUCUUCGCGCCGUGCCACUCUGGGAACAGCGGAACACGCACGGCCAUGCGUCCGGAGAGAUCCGGAUCCCGGAAAAAUCAAUGCGCGGGGGUGCGACGUGACGGCGCGUCGUCGUGAAACGCGCGACACACCGGGCCCUCCCCGUCGGCUAUGCGACGGCUGUCGACGACACACGUGAGUACACACGCCAGGUUCUUCAUGCGAGAUUGCGGCGAGAUUUCGCACGUUCUCUCAUGUACGCCGUACGUGCUGUUCAAACAGAUACACACGCCGAGGUGUCACGUAGGUUAUGUCACACGACGUCUGGCGGAUUGUAAACACACGUAACCCCGUCGCACCCGAUCGUGUAAUAUAACAGCGUCGAUGAGGCGGCGCGACCUGAAGACUGACAAGAUGCUGAAGCUGGACGAGAUCGAGGGCGAGAACGUGGCGAGAACUAAGAAGGCGAGGAAGACCGCGGAGGAGAAGAAGAGCAAGGGCCACAGGAAGAGCAAGCAUGCUAGCGGCAGCGGGCGAAAGCUGCGGAAUAACAGCGGCAACAACGUCAUGGAGGCCGUGCCGCACAAGGUGGAGCCUCCGGACGAGGAGACGCCGCUGGACCUGCUGUAUCCCUCCGGGGUGUCCUGCAAGAUCGAGCCGUCUGUGUCCGGCGAGGACAAUUACAAUUAUCUAAUGCCGCCCCUGGAGUCUCUCGAGGACGCCGGGGCGAUGAGGAUGGAGGAGCUGUUCGAGCAGAGCGUGCACAAGCUCUCGAAGAGUCAAAAGAACGGCAGGUGGAAGCACAGCUACAACAAGAUGGUGUACCUGCGGAAGUACGCGGCCAGCAGCGAUCGGGCGGCGCAGGACGAGACCAGCCAGAGCACGUCCUCCGAGGAGCACGAGCGUAUCCCCAAGAUCGAGGACAUGACGUACGACAGCGCGGAUCAGAUCAAGAGGGACAAGAAGUGGGCGAAGAAGCUGAAUCCCCUUUCGCUGCACUACACGGACAAGAAGAGGCCCUACCUGAAGUGUCCCGCGUGCGGCGCGACGUUCUUCAGUCCGAACACGUAUCAGAGGCACCUGCUCUCGCACCUGCACAUGACGACGGAGAGUUGUUACAUGUGUAAUUUUUGCAAUUACUCGAACGCGGAGCCCGGAAUGCUAUUUGCUCACUUGACCAAGCAUCAGAACCAAUGCGAGUCCUGCAACGAGAGCCUGCUGCGCAAGGACAACUACGAGAACCACUAUCAGUGCUCGACCGCCCUGGUGGAGUACGGUCUGAAGCGCGAUCAUCACGGGAUGUUCGCCUGCGCGGUCUGCGAAUUGGUGUUCGACAUCCUGGCGCAGCUGGAGAAGCACUGGUUCAAGCACACCUGCACGAAGCAGAAGUCGUAUCAGUGCAACGAGUGCAGCGGCAUGUACGAGAACAUGGAGACCCUGAAGAAUCACAUAUGCCUCAAGUGUCCGAUCUGCGGCGAGGUGUACGAGAGCCUCCACCGGCUCAAGAUCCACACGAUGUGGACGAAGCACAACCUGAAGUGUCCGAUCUGCACGUACGAAUUCAUUCUCACCAUGGACCACGAGAAGCACAUGGCCCUGCACAGAAAGGUUUACCAGCCCAUGAAGGACUACAUGCACUGUUUGCGCGCGGCCGACGGUAAGACGUUUCAAUGCAAUCUGUGCGACAAGAUAUUUUACGCCUUACCCGCCCUACUCACGCAUCUCACCGAGGACCACAACGUGGGGAAUGUAAAAGUGGAGGAGGAGGAGGAGGAGGAGGAGAUGGAGGACGAGCUGAACGGUGACGACGGUUACGAACUCAAGGGGGACGCUAUCGAUAUCGUUGUAGUUCCUGACUUUAAAGAUUCCGACAGCUACUACGACAACAAGAUCGAGCCGUUGCAGCAGGAAACCGAUCUCUACGAUCCGUCAUAAGGACGAGAAAGUGAAUAUCGCUCGAGCUUGAAUCGUGACGAACGCGACAAACUCUUUCCUGCGAACAGUCGUUAAACUUUUACCGUCGAACAUCUUCUCGAGCAUUCGCGUAAUAGUGAUACUCAAGUCGGACUAUAAAAUAAAACUGAUACAAUUGUAAGUGCCGUUUAUAGAUGUAACUCAUGCGCUAUUUUUAAAAGUGUAUCGUUUGCUUCAGGAUUUUGAUAUCAAUUUAUACCACAGACCGUUAAUUUUACAUAGAACAUGUUACAUUCUUCUUCUUUCUCUUGUUAAGUAAAGUAUAUCGAUGAUAAUUAAACACAUAUAUUAGCGAUCCGAAAGAUAGAUAAGGAAAGAAAAAUAGAUACGGAAACAGAUAGUUGUGAAACGAUCGAAAUAGCAGGUAUUUUCUGAUGAACCUAGUAGCGAAUUCGACUGCUUGCGCUGCUCCGCGCUGAUAUACUAAAGACUGUAUUGUAUUUAAAAUUAUUAAAAUAAAAAAAUAUAAUACAUUAACAUUAAUCGAUGAGAAAUACCAGGUAUAUUUGAGGUAGAAUAUAUGGAAUAUAUGUUGCACUUCAUCGGCCACGGCUAUUUUUGCAUUUAGAUAAUUUCGCGUAUAAUACAGCUUUUCAUGUGUAUCAACGUGGAGUGGUGCGGUCGAAUUCUCUAUACGCUAUCGUCAGAAAAUUUAGGAACACAUUCAGAUAAGCAGUUACUGAUAAUAUCGAUUGUCAUCCAUUUUGCAAAAGCAGCUUCGAAACGAGGAGCUAUGAUGAUUGUGGUGCUCAUUAAACAUUAUUUUACAAAUUUACUUUUCUUUUGGUUCGCUGUGUUUGUUAGCGUGUUAAAAAGAGAUUUUGCAGAAUUUAAUUACUAUAUAAUAUAAAUAUAUGUGUGUAGAGAUUUAUAUAUUAUAUUAUGCGCAGUAAUUAUAUUAAUAGAUUUGUUCCGCAAAUGAAAAUAAAGUUUGAGUCCUGAGAAUUCUGCAAGUUUUUUCAUGAUGUUCUAUUGCCAUCGUUUGCGGUUUCAAAUAUAAUUUUUUUUUUAAUUCAAUUAAUUAUUGAAUACGUAUGUACGAAAAGUGCAAUGUGAUAAGUUUAAUUUUAAAAAUAAUUGCUAGAUAUUAUAUAUAUAUAUUAUAAUUUUUCAUUUUUAUUAAUUAUAUGUACAUUAUAUCUUUUAUUUUUUUUUGUUUUAUUUUUAUUUAUAAGACUGAAAUUCCGUUAACUUUCACUUUCUGCUUUGUGUUCCUGAAUUUUCCAAUCAACGCAAGUCUCUUUUUCUACAAGACCCUAAAUACGGAAUAGAUACAAAUUAUAAAUUUGUAAUGUAAAUACAUUCCGCUAUCACACUUGACGCUCACAUUAUGCGAAUUAUCCGUUCCGAAAGAUUGCGUCGCGUAUGCAAUAAAUUUUUCUUACAGCCUGUAAAGGUAUAUGUACAUAUACUGAUCGCAUUAUAGGUUUUAAAAUCUCAUCGUGUAUAUUACGUACAUGUCAAAUAGUGUAUGUUUAUAUAACAUUCUUUUAAUUAUUCCUAUAUUGAAAUAUAUUUAAAAAAGCGAUAUUCCGAGCUAUCAGUCCUGCUGUAGCCUGAUAAUCAUAGCGUCUCGCUACAAUUAGCUUCGUUAAUUUUAAUCAAUUUCGUUUCGUGAAAUCUGGCAUUUCCUAGAGAUAUAAUCGGCGCGUGAGACGCGCGGCACAGUUCUCGCAACGUUUUUUUUUUUUACAGUAACGUGAUGAAUCACGUGGGGGGGGGGGGAUACUAAACGCGAUUUUAUAAUGCAUGAUAAACACUCGGAAACACCUCGUAUGGUCAUAUUUACGCGGGUCGUUCAAAUUCACUCGUGCGUCAGGAAAUAUCUUGCGGCGUAUGUAAAUCUAAUGUCGUAGGCCUACGCUAUUAUAUAGUUUCACAUCAAGAAUUUCAGCUCUGUUAUGUAUUCGUUCUGAAAAAUAAAUGUUCAUUAACAAUA